UUUGGUUUGGUGGGAGCUCCGCUCGAGCCGCCCCUUCGAGAGCAAAGCCAGGCUGGAGCUGCGCCGAGAAUCUUCUGAUGUUCCCCAUUGACCCGAGCCUUCCUCCUUCCCCAGAAUGCCCCACUCAUCCAGCACAGCUGAGCGCAGCCCGCAAGAGAGCGUGGACUCCGUGGCCGAGGAGCUGCAGCAGGUCCUGUCCAUCGACCAGAUCCGCGCCAUCCGUGCCUCCAAUGACUACGUGGAGAGACCUUCUGCCGCCUCCUUCAAGCAAGCUCACUCUGUCCCCUCGUUGUCCCACCACCAGCAGGGGACCCACAAGCAGGAGGUGGCACAGGAGCGGCUGACUUCCUCCGCCUUCCCGGAUCUGCACCAGCCGCACCAGACGCUGACUUUCCAGCAGCCUCUGAGCCAUUCCAGCACUGCCAGCUCCAUCUCCCAUGGCACCGCCACCUCGGAGCAGCGGCUGCUCGGUGGGAUCACGCCCUCGCACUCCGGCCACUCCCUCGUCCGGACGCAGCCGCCCCGAGCUGGUGACCUGAAGCCCGAGGAGCUGCUGAAGGGGGCGGCCGAGAAGCCCCCCACCUUCCACUCGGGGCACCUCUUCAUCUGCGAGGAAUGUGGGCGCUGCAAGUGCGCCCGCUGCGCGGCCACCCGCAGCUUGCCCUCCUGCUGGCUUUGCAACCAGCGCUGCCUCUGCUCGCCAGAGAACCUCAUUGACUACGGGACUUGCCUCUGCUGCGUGAAGGGCAUCUUCUACCACUGCUCCUCGGACGACGAGGACACCUGUGCAGACGACCCGUGCUCGUGCGCCCCCGGCUCCUGCUGCGCCCGCUGGGUUGCCAUGAGCUUCCUCUCUUUGCUCAUGCCCUGCCUGUGCUGCUACUUCCCUACCUUGGGGUGCCUCAAACUUUGCCAGAGGGGCUAUGACAACCUGAAACGACCCGGCUGCCGCUGCCAGAGUCACACUAAUACAGUCUGUCGGAAGAUCUCCUCUUCCAGCGGGGCAGCUUUCCCCAAGACUUUGGACAAGCCGGUAUGACUCCUCCCCGCCCCACCAAGGGGGAAACCGGCUGUUCUUCAUCUUCUCCUUCAGCUUCCGCUGCUGAAAGCCUUGGCCUGGGUACAAAGCACAGAGGAAUGGCCAGUCCCUGAACCUGCCGUCCCUCAUCAAAUGUUGAAGCUGGUUCCAUGAUGGAGACCACUUGUCCCCUUGUUCCUAGAUGAGCUUCGAGGGUUUUGCACGUCGGCGAUGGCUGAGGACAAGUGGAACAGGAAGCGGAGACAGACAAUUAUGUUCACAGUCGAGGGUGGGGGAACGGUUUGCUAGAGGAUGGUUUGGGAUUCUGACCUCCAGAAUGCCUUAUGAGUUACGGAUCUGUGGUGGGUUCCAAAAAUCAGUGUUGCACCCAAGCACUAAGAUACCGGGGGAAUGAGGCCGUGAUAUCCCCAAGUUUUCAGUCUCUCCGGAACCCCUGCUUUGUACUCAUAUUCCAGACCUCCUUCUGCCCUGCACAGUUUGCAGAGGGGGGGAAGGAGAAGCUUCCAAACAGUAGCAAAUGGUGGUUGCCGUACCAAACAUAUGUCGGGAGUUUUUUUGUUGGAAACGAGUGCGGAUGCUUGUCCAAAAAAGGGGAGAGGGAGAAGGUUAAAAAUCACAAGUGUCCAAGGGUUUAUGAGGGUGUACAUCUCGUCAGUUGCAUGAGGAUGAGGUUCGACCACAAGGUGUGAAGGGUAGGGGCUUGACACAAUCUGGCAACCGAAAUCUCAAAUCCACUGGGCUUGAAACUAUGCAGGCUCGACCUUGAUCCUUUCUGGAUGUAGUAGACAGUUGGAUAUCAUGAAAUGUCACUGUGGGUCUAGCCAAGGCGAAAGGUCGACCAGGAGACCUUUGGCUGGCUGCUCCUCGCUUGCAAAAUCACCUCUGUAGCCGUCGCAUCUCUGUAUCGUGGAUGCAGCUCCUUAUCACUGAGAGCUGAGUGAUUCACAGUGUGGAGUCUCCUUUGGAGCACAGAAAGCUUGCCCCUGCCUAAAUGUAAGGGUACAUAGAACCACAUCCUGCUGUACAGCUGAAUGGCAGCUCCCAGCCAUUCAGGAUGACAGUUUUAAAGAUCUGACUACUGUGACAAGCUUUCUCUUGAAAGCAGAGAAUGCCAGGAAAAUGUGCAAGGUGGAGAACGAUUUCUAGGUAUUCUUGGGACUGAAAAUCGAGCUUCCAAUUUGAUGGGGGCAGGGAGCUAGGAGAAAGAUCGGCUGUCGGCUGGAGAGCUCACUGGGAUGAGCCAUGAGCACGUUCUUUCCUCUCCCUGCUUAACUAAAAGCACUUUGAUUCUGUUUGACUAGAGAAGGGAGUGGGGAGGGACUGAUUCUUCCAGGGGGCUUUGUUCUAUCGCAUGUAGGGAAAGUUGAUUCUGGUGGAGCAAUUUGGACACUGGUGACAGGCAUUUCCUUGGGAGUAAGCACAGGCGGUUCAAAGUUGGAUCUGUAGACUUGAGGCUGUGGAGAAGCCAUAGAUAUUCCUGUGGGGCUGGGGGGGCGGGGGGAAAGAGGGCUUGGAAAUGUGUGGUUUGGGCACUUUACUGCAUCUCGGUAGGAUUUUUAUUUUUUUGGUUGUCUCUGAAAAUUCUGGCCUAGUGACAAAGCUGAGUUCUGCUGUAUAUCCUUCUCCAGACCAUGCGUAAGAUCCAAAGGCCGUACUGCUGAUCCCAAACCAAUUCCAGCUCACCAGCAUUUGCACAGAAAAUGGGGUUAUCGAGCUGUGUUUUAUUGUUUGGAGGUUCAUCAGCGAUACCUUUGACCUGUUGAAGGACGGUGCUGGAGGCUAGAGGUGCAGCUCAGCUUUCUUCACCUUCCUGCCCCUGCUAAAAGUUGGGCAGAGACUCCAUGAGCACGCAACCCCACUGGUUUGGCUUCUCUUUGUUUUAGAGGUUGCUUUGAUCUAUUUUUGUAUCUAUAAAUUCAGCGGGGAAGGGGGGGGGGCUUAGGGUUCUCCUGGGAUCCUCUCUUGAUUCCCGAUACGAAUGGUGCCAUAUGCAGAGCCUGGCUUCCUGGUGACUCGUACAAAUGCCAAAGAGCUACCUGAGCUCUUUGUGUGCUGCCAACUUCAGGAGGCUUCCCUUUCAAGGAUUUCUGGAGCUGACUUGUAUCAAGUGAGACAUGGAGGAGCCUGCCAAAGUGGGUGGUGUUGCAGAGCUGCAUGGAUGACAACGACUGUUUUUAAGGUUAACCAGGGGUGGAAUUCUAGCAGGAGCUCCUUUGCAUAUUAGGCCACCCACCCCUGAUGUAGCCAAUCCUCCAAGAGCUUAGAAGAAAAGAGUCUUGUAAGAUCUCGGAGGAUUGGCUACACCAGGGGUGUGUGGCUUAAUAUGCAAAGGAGCUCUUGCUAGAACGCCACCCCUGAGGUUAAUGCAUCGUCAAGAGCUUGGGCUUGUUGCUCUUUUUUAGAUCUUCAAAAAAAAUGCCCUCCUUUCCCUCUUAGAUCCCCUCAUUUUUUGUGGGAGGGGGGAGAAAACAAGGGACCAUCCUUUUGGAAAGAAGGGACUUUUAUUUCCAGUGGCUUGGAGACAAUAGCCUGAGCCCUCGGUCAUGAUUUCUGCUGGGGUCAGAACAGUUUUGUUGAGCUGGACGAUUCAUGCCAGUGGCGAUCACACAAGCGGGGGCAUUCAGACAACCAGGAGCCACAAAAGGGAAUGAAACAGCCAUGUCUUUACCCCUCUGGUAACGCUACACCUGUGUUGGCAGCUCAAGGGGACCCUGCCUGAAUCUGAGCCCAGUGCUGCUGCUUACAUUCACGUUGCCUGCUGCUUCUUCCUUCCUUCCCCUCCCCCUUCGCUGUCACAAUCAACUUCUUAUCUUCCGUUUGAAGGCCCCCAUCCAGACGCCAGAUGGCUUCUGCUCUGAGCGCUGUCUUGAGGGAGGCCCCUCCCUGCCGAAAGGGCCACGAGGACCGAUGCUCGCCAGCCUCUGUUCGGGUACCAAAGGCAUUCUGUGCUGUGUGCAGAACCUCUCCCCCCCCCCCCCAAUCCUGUCCUCCACUUUCUCUACUCGGUCUGUUGUAUAUUUUUUACCACAUUUACCGUUUGAAAAAACAAAAACAAAGGCACAAAUAUUUAUUUGAAAAGUUUAUUUUAAAGAUUUAAUAAAAAGAGAGAGAAAAAUGCAUCCAAACAUAUUUAUUACAGUUAACUCUCUUAGUUGUAUUUUUCCCUCCUUCUUACAAAUCUAAUUGAACUGUUAAAACUGAACCACUGCUGAAAUAAAGGAAAUAAUUCUAUGGGUGGUGCCCUGAACCGCUCCAAAGCAACUAUUCAAUAAAAAUAUAUUACUUUUGAA